AGCGCGCGGGCGGCCCCCCGUUCCGUGCCCGGCGCGACUCUCGCGGUGACAGCCGGAGCCGAGCGCCCCCGCCCCCCGCGGUCCCCGCGCACGCGCCCAGGCUCGCCAGCGGCCGGCGGAGCUCGCGCCCGGAGCCCCCUGCUGUGAGCGCGGCCGAGCGCGGCGGCGACAGCGACAGCGGCGGCAGCGGCGGCAGCGGCCCCGGCGGGGCGGGGCGAGCCAAGAUGGUGGCCAAGCAGCGGAUCCGGAUGGCCAACGAGAAGCACAGCAAGAACAUCACCCAGCGCGGCAACGUCGCCAAGACGUCGAGGAACGCCCCCGAGGAGAAGGCGUCCGUGGGGCCCUGGUUGUUGGCGCUCUUCAUCUUUGUCGUCUGCGGCUCGGCAAUUUUCCAGAUUAUUCAGAGUAUCAGGAUGGGCAUGUGAAGUGACAGACCUUAAGAUGUUUUCAUUCUCCUGUGAAUUAUAACUUGAACUCAUUCCUGAUGUUUGAUACCCUGGUUUAAAAACAGUUCAGUAAAGCAUCCUGCCUCAGAAUGACUCUUCAUGUCAUCCUUCAUGUGUCAUUCCCAGGUUUCUUCUUCACAAGUCAUUCCAAGUUUUCUAGUUCAUACCACAGUGCCUUGAAAAGCACCACAUGUAUAAAGCAAUAAAAUUUGAUUGUUGAUCUACA